CGAACCAAUCAUAAGAGCUCUCCGGCCAUUUAAACCAUGUGGUUUCAUCUUCACACGAAUUUCAAAACUCUGUUAAUUAAGAGGAGAAGCAGGCGCAGGUGCGUCAGUGUGCUUUGUGUUUUCUUAAAGAGAUCGGUUGAAGACGUAAAUAACAUGGCGCAGUUUGGGUCUGAAAAUGACAUCCAUAGUAUCCUGAAGCUGGAUAUGCCCAUUAUAAACGUCCCCACUGCAAGGUGGCAAAGAAAGACCAGCUCUUCCAUCACAUCUGCCCUGACUGCUUUGUCACCUGGCAGACCUGCUACUGCGUCCCCAAGUACAUUAAAAACACCAAGCAAAACCCCAGGCAAAAAUCAAAAACCCACACCCUCUAAAAUGGGAGGAGACCGCUACAUUCCCUUCAGAAAUGGCAAACGAAUGGAUGUGGCAAGUUUCCUGCUCUCAAAGGAGAAUGAGCCUAUGGACACAUACAACGCAGCAGCAACAUCAAAAGCCUGGUCUACGUCCCUGAACGGAUACAACAUUAAAGAAGCAAAGAUCCUGAACCUGGGAGGGAAGCCACUUAGUGCCCUGGAAGGCUAUCAGGACAACUUGACAGUCUUCUACAGUCAGGUAACAACUCCAGCCUCUGUCAAAAAGACGAGAUACAUUUCCUCAAAUCCAGACAGAAUCUUGGAUGCUCCUGAGCUACGGAAUGAUUUCUAUUUGAACCUCUUUGACUGGAGCAGUCAAAAUGUUCUUGCUGUGGCGCUUCAUAAUAGUGUUUACCUGUGGGACGCCACUCAAGAAGACGUUGUUCUUCUCAUGAAGUUGGAGCACGAGGAGGAUUACAUCUGCUCUCUGUCCUGGACCAAAGACGGAAGAUACCUAGCUAUUGGCACCAGUGACUGCAAAGUUCAGUUGUGGGAUGUUGACAACCAGAAGCAUCUACGCAACAUGAUUAGCCAUACUGCUAGAGUUGGCAGUCUAAGUUGGAAUGACCAUGUUCUUUCCAGUGGCUCAAGAGCAGGGCACAUUCAUCAUCAUGAUGUGAGGGUUGCAGAACAUCACAUCUACGCCCUCACUGGUCACUCGCUGGAGGUGUGUGGGCUGCAGUGGUCCCCAGAUGGCCGAUACCUGGCCAGUGGUGGCAAUGACAACUUGGUGUAUAUAUGGCCCCGCAUACAGGAGGGCAGCCCUGGCCAGUCACUGCACUGCUUUAAUUCUCAUGAAGGAGCUGUCAAGGCUUUGGCCUGGUGUCCAUGGCAGCCAAAUAUCCUGGCAUCCGGAGGUGGUACUAGUGACCGUCACAUCCGUGUCUGGAAUACAAACAGUGGCUCCUGCAUCCAUUCACUAGACACUAAGUCUCAGAUCUCUUCGCUGGUAUUUGCACCCAACCAUAAAGAGUUGGUCUCUGCUCAAGGCUACCCUGACAAUAAUGUUGUUAUCUGGAAGUACCCCUCCUUCACCAGGGUUGCAGAACUCAACGGCUUUGAGGACAGAGUUCUCAGUCUGUCCCUGAGUCCAGACUGCUCAACAGUUGCGACUGUCGCUGGAGACGAGGUCAUUCGUCUGUGGAAAUGCUUUAAGGUGGAUCCAGCUGAGAAGAAGGCUAAAGAGAGGAUGAUCAAAUCAACCUGCAGUGUCAUUCAUCAGUCAAUCAGAUAAUUUUCUCUGAGCUGUUCCAUUUAUUUUUUUAUAUGCAGAAUGAGUUAUGUGCAAUAUUUUAUUUAAUUCCCAAUAAAGAUUUCUACAGUGUUUUAGCUGUAACUGGUAACUUGCUGCUCCUGUUGGUUGUUUACAAAACUAGCAGACCUGUAUAAAUUACAAGCGUUGCCUUUAAAGUAGAAGGGUUUUUUCCAAGUGUACUUGUGGCAUCCACUGAUUAUAAGGGACACAUUUUAUAUGGUGAACUGCAUUGAAUAAAAAGUAUGAUUAUGAGUGUA